AUGAGGAUGAAAAAAAAAAACUUGGUUUUAAUCAUGAAAAAGAAAAAUUCGAAACUUAUAUGGAAUAAUUACGAAAAAUUUUCCAAGUGUCAAACUGAGAAAAAUGUUAGAAGUGAAUGUAAGAACCCAGACGAAUUCAAGUUUGAUGGUGCUGACGAAGACAAUGAAAUUACAAUGAAAAAUUACACGUUUACAACCGCUAAAAUGAUGGAACUUCUGCUUAGCAUGUCAACUGAAAUAAAACAACAGUCCGAACGACAGACAGAAGAGUUAAAACAACAGAUCAAGGAACAGUCCGAACGACAGACAGAGGAGUUAAAACAGAUCAAAGAACAGUCCGAACGACAGUCCGAACGACAGACAGAAGAGUUAAAACAACAGAUCAAGGAACAGUCCGAACGACAGACAGAGAAGUUAAAACACGUAAAAUUGGAAGUGGUAGAACAGAUUGAAGAACAGUCAACAAGAAUAGAAAUGAUCGAGCAGAAACUUGAUCGUCAGACCGUUGAGGUAGAUCACAAGAUAGACAAAUUGAAGCGAGAAUUGGAGCAAUCCAAAAAAAUGGCCAUGCCGUUAGAUCACGCAUCCGGAAGAACUUUGAAGGUACCAGCAUUUGACGGAGAGAUGUCCUGGAACGUUUAUAAAACCCAGUUUGAAACAGCGGCAACUAGUAACUGUUGGAACGGAAAAGAACGAGCAACAGCACUGAUACUGGCCCUGCGAGGUUAG